AUGACGACUGACACUAAGAAAACCCCUUUUACUAUUGAGGCGGACCCAGGCACCGACAUCUGGCGGAAGCCUGGCCACAACGCGUGGAACAUCCCGACCGCCCACACUAGCUCUGGACCCCUCAAAGACUUCCUCUCAGUCCGCGCAACAUUUGCGGCGGACUGGACGAGCCCCUACGACCAGUCCGGCGUGCUACUCGUGCCGCGCCGGGGCUCCGAGGCCGCUGCGCCGGGUAGCAAGUGGGUCAAGACGGGCGUCGAGCUCUACGACGGCCGGCCGCACCUGAGCACCGUCACCUGCGACCGCUACGCCGACUGGGGCCUCUACCCGCUGACCACCACGACGGCAGCAGCGCCCAGCGGCGCGCCGUCGGCAGUCGAGAGCGUGACAAUCGAGGUCUUCCGGGACGGCGGCGCGGGCGGCAAGAACGCCUGGGUGCACCGUCUCGUGCUCGACGAGGACGGAAGCGUGAAGGAGAGGGUGCCGCUGCGGAAGAUUUGCUGGAUUUUUGCGGAUGAGGACGAGGGCGAUUGGGUCUUGGACGUCGGUCCCUUGGCUGCGAGACCGGACAAGACCGCAAAGGAUGCGUUGAAGGUCGAGUUCAGCGAGUUCAAGGUGCAGUGGAUUCAGUAG